AUGCGCCUCACACACGCGCCCCUGUUGUGCCUCCUCACUGUCGCAAGCGCAUCCCUACAACAAACACCCCCACGCGCAUCCGCCCGCCUCUGGGCCACCCACUACAACGGCAAUGUCUACUCACUCGCCUUCAAUGGCCAUGAUCUGUCCCUUACAGACACGGCCAAGACCUGCGGCUCAAUGCCGAGCUGGUUGACAUUCGAUCCCGAGACGCGCACUGUUUACUGCUCCGACGAGGAUGGCACGGCGGAUCCCAGUACGCAUGGUUCCCUAUGGGCGUAUCAUGCCGGGAAGAAUGGGAAAUUGCAUCAAAUUGCGAAGACGAAUACCGUUGGGGGCGGAGUGAAUAGUGUUAUUUAUGAGGAUGGGAAGGGUGGCAAAUAUCUUGCCAUUGCUCAUUACGAGGGCUCUGCAAUCUCAACUUUUGCCCUCCCUCUACGCGACGAUGAGCCCGCUGUCCAGGGAUUCCACUUCAACAUGACCCACAAGGGUGCCGUCGCGCAACAAGACGCGCCUCACCCGCACGAGGUCUUCCUCGACCCAACCGGGUCCUUUGUUGUAAGUCCCGAUCUGGGCGCUGACUUGCUGCGCGUAUACUCCAUCGACAGUGGGUCCGGCAAGCUACAGCAAUGCCCACCAGUCAACAUCACAUUCGGAAGUGGUCCUCGCCACGGUGUGUUCUGGACGGACGGAAUCAACAACGAUACGCAUUUCACCGGUAGCCAGGACGGUCGGCCAGAGGACUGGCGCCAGGUUGCCGCCGUCGGCAAGACGAUGAUGUACCUCGCCAACGAGAUUGGCGGCACGGUGGACGUGUUUGAGGUGGCCUAUGCACGAUCCGGAUGUCUCUCUUUCCAAAAGACCCAGACCAUGGUGCCGUAUACCAACAGCACGAUGCCCAAGGGUGCGACCCCAGCCGAGAUCCGGAUGGUCGGUAAUGUGCUCUACGUCUCCAUUCGCACGGAUCAGGGCUUCGCCCCGAACGAUAGUAUCGUCACUUUGGACCGGUCGCCACGCUCUGGGGCCAUGAUGCUUCGGAAUAAGACCUCGUCUUAUGGCAAAGUACCGCGCACCUUCACGAUCAACCGCGCCGGUGAUCUGGUCGCCAUUGGAAACCAGGCCACCUCGACGGUGGCAAUUGUGCGUCGGGACCGGGAAACCGGUAACUUGGGCGAGGAGAUUGCCAUGCUGCAAGUAGGCGAGCCCGGUACCGUGGGCACUGCCGAAGGACUGAGCAGUGUGAUCUGGGAAGAGUGA